AAAAAAGGAUUUCUUUGAAAGAGGUUGUGUUUUUCAACAUAUGCUGCUGACAUUCCCACCAUCUUUUACUAGAAUACACUAUAGCCUGAGCUGAUUUUUGCACAAACGACCCUCACUUUUACUCAGGAAAUCACAUUGACUUUGAAAUACCUUGUCGGUAAAGAAACUAGCCAGAGCAAUAAUCAGAGAAACGGCUGAGAGCUUCUGGGGGAGCAACAGAUAUCUACAGAUCAUGAAGAAUAUUUUCAACAUGUAUUUGUGCACCUCAUGAAACUGAGUUAUAAGGUAAAGCAGCAAAAAGGACCUUGACAUUAAAAGCAGAGGACCCUGCUGCUGCACACCUGGCUUAAUUUGAAUGGUUGGUUAACACGCUUCUGUAACAAUUGGAGAAGAGAAUACAAUCAGAUUGAAUCAGCUAUGCUGGAGUGCAGAAACAUCAAAUACAUGCAGGACGGUUGACGCCAAGGACCAGAGGGACUACAAAAAACCUUCUGUUGUCACCAUUUAGCCAGAAGAUGUGUAGAGGAUCCAGCAAAAAUGUGUAGGAAGGUGCUCGGGUGAGAUGAGGGCAAAAUCAAAUGUUUUGACCUAUGCAAAACACAAACUUGCUGGAAGCUUUAAAAGAGUUGAGACUGGGGCAAAGGUUCAUCGUCCAGCAGAAUAAUACGUUUCAUAUAAAUUAAAUGGUAAGUAGCAUGUACUUGCAAAGUGCUUUCUAAAGUCUAGAGGACCCCAAAGCACCCAGCAUAGUGAAAGCUACUGCAUUACAGCCACAGCUGCCCUGUAGAAGUCUGGCAGAAGUAAAGCGUUCUGUGACCACCACCAGCAGGCAAAGUGAGUGAAGUGUCUUGGACACAAAGACGGACAAAGCGGGGCCUCAAACCAGCAACACCGAGUGAUUAUGUGACGAACUCCUACACUGCCAUCGCCACCAACGCCAAUAGAAAUGGCUAAAUGAAACACACACAUAGGUAAAGAUUGAGACUGGGACAGGGGUUCUAGAACAUAAACCAAAAAUGGGCUAGCAGUAUAAAAAAAGUAACAUUUGAUUUUAAAAAGGUUCUACCAUAAACACUUAAGUGGAUUCUCACAGUGAAUUAUUUUUUGAGGUGAUAACAGAUGCCAUGAGCGGCUCCUUAAAACGAUGUAUACUCUUCCUGUGACUUUCCGGAUAACUAAAACCAACAAAAAUCACAAGUCUCUCCAGGAUUUUAGGGAAGAUAGCAUUGAGAUGAAUUGGAGCACCCAGAAUGACUGGUACCUCUUGUGCAAAUCUGUUGGGACUGUGUAAAAUCUGGGUUUUGAGCGAUUUCACUCUUUGAGGCCGCGGGCCCACCACGAUUGGUUCCAGCCCCAUUUGGGUACCUCAUAGGUAGUGCACUCUCACUCGAGAUCAAGAACCAUCUUGAGCAACAGGGACUAUCUUAAUGGUUGGUGUAUGGGUCGUUUCACUUGUUCGGGUUCCGGUUUCAGCAUCAUUAAAGAUGAACAUACAGAACAUUUCGUUUGCAGGACUCGUUAUACAACAUUUAAUUUGUCAAGAGAUCAGCUUUGGACCGAAGACGUCAAGAGUUCUGAAUUUGGACGCCGCUUUAGAAGGUACCUUUCCUCCCCUUAAAUUGUUCUUGGCAAAUUAAACCCAGCCUUGAAUUUCAACCACAGUUGAGAUAGUUGGGAUAACAUUCAACCUCAAUGACAACAUAGCUAGGUUGAAUUGGUCACAGAGGCCUCGCAAAGUAUCACAGUUUGCUAUAUUGGAAAUUCUUCCAGUGAGAUAUGCCUCAGCUGUUUGAGAGUGGGCGGAUUAUCCAGGGGAGUGGGUGAGUGGGAGGCAAGAAAGCCGGACAGAGGCAGGGUUAUAGCAUUUCCAGCAAUGUUCCAGAAUAAAGCCCCCAUAGCUCUAAAGCAAGCAAGCACUCUAAAAAUAACCCUCCAGUUGGAGCUCAGUUGAAGGGUCAUGACAGCUGAGAAAGCGGGCCGUCCCAGGAUUCAGCCGGUGAGCAGGGUCGCCGUUCAUGUAAAGCCACUCCAGACUAGAAAGCCAAAUUCUCUGCAAUAAAGAGGAUCCGAUUCUACUUUAUCCGUAUCAUCUUAAAGACUUCUCAGAUGGCUGUGCCUAUAAAUCCCAUGGAUGAGCCCAGGUUGUACCAGCAGACUCUCCUCCAGGAUGGCCUGUAUGAUUUGCUGGAGAACGACAAGCUGGUGGACUGCGUCCUGAAGAUCAAAGACAAGGAGUUCCCUUGUCACCGGCUGGUGCUGUGUGCCUGCAGCUCAUACUUCCGGUCCAUCUUUUUGUCUGACCUGGAUGAAAGCAAAAAGAGAGAAAUUGUGCUGGAGGACGUCGAGCCCGGUGUCAUCGGUCUGAUCCUCAAGUACCUGUACACCUCGAAGAUCAACAUCACAGAGCAGAACGUCCAAGACAUCUUUGCCGUUGCCAACAUGUACCAGAUUCCUUCCAUUUUCACUGUUUGCGUGUCUUUCUUGCAAAAGCGCCUCAGCCUCAGCAAUUGCCUGGCCAUCUUCAGGCUCGGUUUGAUGCUGGACUGUCCCAGGCUGGCCGUCUCCGCCCGGAACUAUGCCUGUGAGCGUUUCCAGCUCAUCUCCAAAGACGAAGACUUCCUCCAGCUUAACGCGACCGAGGUGGCAGCCAUUUUGGCGAAUGACAAUUUGAACGUGGAGACGGAGGAGGUUGUUUUCGAGGCUCUGAUGCGAUGGGUGUGCCGGGACACCGAGAGCAGAGAGAAGGAACUCCCCGAUUUGCUGGACUGUGUUCGUCUGCGUCUCGUCACGGAUGAUUACCUGACAGAAAAGGUGGAGAAACACCAACUCAUCUCUGCUAAUCCAGAGCUUCAGCAGAAGCUGAAGCUGGUCAAGGAUGCUCGAGGGGGGAAAAUGCCAGAGAUUAAAAAGACCAAAACGGAAGACGGAGGGGCAGCGAAAGAUGGAGAAACUGAAGACAAAGAGGACGAAGAAAAUCUUCUACCGGCUAUUCUAAAUGAUAACCUGCGAUUUGGGAUGUUUGUCAAGGACCUAAUACUGAUGGUGAACGACACCGGCGCCGUGGGGUACGACCCGUCAGGCAACGACUGCUUCAUGGCGUCGGUUUCCACCCAGGUUCCCAAGAACCACGUCAGCCUGGUCACCAAGGAGAACCAGAUCUUUGUGAUUGGAGGAUUAUUUGUUGAUGAAGAGAACAAGGAGGACCCUCUGUGCUCCUACUUCCUGCAGUAUGAUCCCGUUAGUACCGACUGGCUCGGGAUGCCUCCCCUCCCGACUCCGAGGUUCUUGUUUGGGAUGGCCGAAGGUGAGAACUCCAUCUUCGUUCUGGGAGGGAAGGAACUGAAAGACAAGGAGGGCACACUGGAUACAGUUUUGGUCUAUGACAGGCAAUCGUUCAAAUGGGGUGAGUCCGAGUCAAUUCCUUACCCGGUUUAUGGACAUUCAACCGUAUCACACCAAGAUGUCGUGUAUGUGAUAGGAGGGAAGGGAGACAACAAGAACUGUCUGAAGAGGAUGUGUUCAUACGAUGUCAAGAGGUUCGAAUGGAAAGAGCUCGCCCCAAUGAAGACGGCACGCUCCUUAUUCGGAGCCACUCUUCAUCAAGACAAAAUAUAUGUAGCGGGAGGAGUGACCGACGUCGGCCUGACCGACACAGUGGAGGUGUACGACAUCGCUACCAACACGUGGUCAGAUUUCGAGCCAUUUCCUCAGGAGCGAAGCUCUCCAAGUCUUGUAUCUUUGGCUGGUUCGCUCUACGCCGUGGGAGGUUUUGCCAUGAUGCCUUUAGAAGACAGUGAUGAAAUCCUUCCCAAAGAGACGAAUGACAUUUGGAGGUAUAAUGAGACGGAGGGGAAGUGGAACGGGAUUCUCAGAGAAAUUCAGUAUGCCUCUGGGGCCACAGUACUGGGGGUCCGCUUGAACACCCUGCGUCUCACCAAGAUGUGAAGCUCUCCACAGUUCCUGAAUUGCAAUGGAAAUUGACUUGGAAAUAAUUGCACCGUUUUUACACUUUUCCGGGGCACACUCAUUUUCAAAGACAUUAGGAUUUAAUGAAAGAUUAGUAGUAACAUGUUCACUUGAUUUUUCCACACAGAGUUUCUAACCAGCACUGUGGUAUAAUAAUGAUUUUUUUUCCUGCAAUGAAAUUUUUGUAUGCAUUUUUGCAAGUAAUGGGCAGUGAUUUGAACAUUUAUAUCAGCAGAAUCUAUAUUGUUUCACUGAACUGAAUAAAAAUGAUACAACCAAGCUAAAGCCUUCCUUGACACAUAUGUUUACUGCCCAACAGAGGGCAGCAAAGUCAAAAUCCCUGCUUCUUUCAACAAGCAAUAAAACACAAUGCACAGUCGAGUAUGCAUAAGAACAAACACAAGACAUGCAGAUAUUCAAUAAUAUCUAUAUUGUUUAAUAUUGAAAUGAUUUCAUAAUGCUCUACUGUGUUACAGACAGUUAACACUUGUCAAUAUUACAAUAAAGGAACAACAACAAAAAAAUACAGCCUACUGUCUUUAGCACCUCUAGACUCUAAUGUCCUUGUACUGUUUUUGUGUUAUUAUAGCUGAAUGGGACAACUACUGUCUACACAUGGGUUGUGAGUACCAGAAUCAACCAAUGCAUAUUGUACUGUUAACAUUAUAGAGCAGAGAAUCACCAAUUAAUAAUACAUUUCAUGAUUUCUCAAUGCUGUGGUAGCAAUAAGUAGUGGAAAUACACUUGAAGGUAUAUAUAGAUUUAAAUAUGGUGGUAUUGGCUGAGGGGCAAUGAAGGGUUUGGAUGAGAUAUACAAUCUUAAAGCAGCUAAUCAAAGGUUUUCAUGUAAAAAAAAAAAAAGAAAAACUAAAAAAUUGUAGUUGCCAAAGGAGCUCCAAAGCUGACAAAACUAAAUCUCUUCUCUCUUUUUGAACAUGAUCCAAAAAAAAAUCAUGCAUAUGCAUUUUGAUUUUGAUCAGGCCUGUUAGAAAGUAUGAAAGUGUCUCAUCUUGUCCUCACUGAUUAAUGACAAAACAUGAAAGUAUAAAAAGCUAUUAAAAUAUUACAAGUACUGUCCAGCUGUAUCCUUCUGAACUGCUGCAGCGCUAACAUUAGCACUGCUGGCAACAUUUCAGCUAAGAAGCCAAUGAACAAAAUUAGCAUUUACCACUGCUGACAUUCAGGAGUGUUUAGCUAGAUUUAAGUGCACAAUCACAUUAAAACUAAGGCUUUGUUUUUGUUAUAUCGCUUUUUACCUAAUUUUAGCUUUUUUUUCUACCAAUCAUUGGGAAAUUACAACAGAAAUUACAUGUAUUAUUAUUAGCAAAUUUUGAUUGUGAUUCUAAAUGAUGUCAAAUCGAAUUUAUUAGCAUAUUUUUUUCCCUUUUAAUCUACAUAUCAUGUAGUAUUAAAGUCAUUUUAAUAUGUAUAAUUUUGCCUCUUCACUGAUUUAAUUCUAAAUAUAUUUUAUUAUAAUAGAAGUCAUUCUUCUACUAUAAUUGAAUAGUAUAAUUUUAAUUAUAAUACAAGACUAAUUUCUAUAUUAUACAUAGUAUAUAAGAACUGUAAAUAUGAUAGGUUAAGGCAGACAAAAAGGCUGAAAGACAAAUACCAACAGCAAACGUAGAAAUUAUUACGUUUGUGUAAUCUCUUUCUUAAUUCAAUAGCCAACUCAGUUUAAUCAGUUUUGAGGCUCCAGAUAUUUGAACAAAUAUAGAGAAAAUAGUCAUUUAAAAAA